CAGUUCAAUCACAUCUUCGUACACAUUCAUUUGGUUUAAAAGAUACCUGUGUAUUUGAUGUGGUGGUGUAGCAUUCAUCUACAAUUGUCUUACUACUUGUCCAGGGAAGUGAAAGAUUAGGAAGGGAAGGGAAGGGAAGAAAGUACUCAUUUAAAAUUUUGGCCAAUAAGAAGGGAACUUUUAGUAGGGCAGUUUCUCUCUCAUUAAAAUAGAUUAAAAGAACUUUUUAAAGCAGUCUUUUAAACUCUGUUAAACUAUUGUGAAUUUCAAGCAAUCUUUGGCAGUAUAAGAGAUACUACGGGUGGUAAAUUUUAACAGUUACUGCCUGAAAAGGUCAACACUGCAAGGAGAUACUUAUUCAAGGAGCCAAUAUGUCAUCCUUUGUCUGAAACAUCAGAGUGGACCCUUGAUUAUCCGCCAUUGUUUGCCUGGUUUGAGUAUUUGUUAUCACAAGUAGCUGCCCUGGUUGAUCCCAAGAUGGUGAUUAUAAGCAAGUUAGCAUAUAAAAGUCUUCCAGCUGUUCUGUUCCAGAGAGGAUCUGUUAUGUUUACGGACUUGCUGCUGGCUUAUGCAGUGAAGGAGUAUUGUAGCUAUCUUGCUAAGAAGUCUUCUGUUCCUGUACGCAACUGUCUGAUCUUGGCAAUUUUGGUCAUUUUUAAUUUUGGACUUCUAAUAGUGGAUCACAUUCAUUUCCAAUACAACGGGUUCUUGUUUGGUAUUCUGCUUCUCUCUAUAACAAAGUUGUCAGAGGGACGUGCAUUGGAAGGCUCUUUUUGGUUUGCAGUUCUGCUGAAUUUCAAACACAUCUUUCUCUACGUAGCCCCAGCAUACUUUGUUUUCCUAUUGCGGUCUUACUGUUUCCAACCAUCUGCGACUGAAAAGAAAGAAAAACAGUUGAGAAUUUUUGAUGUAAAUAUUUGGGAUUUUUCCCCUUUGAAGUUGAUGAGACUUGGUGUCGUAGUUGUUUUGGUAUUCAGUCUUUCGUUUGGACCAUUCAUAGCUAUGGGUCAGUUACCCCAGGUGCUAUCAAGACUCUUUCCUUUCAAACGAGGUUUAUGCCACGCCUACUGGGCUCCAAAUUUCUGGGCUUUGUACAAUGCACUGGAUAAGGCUGUAGCUAUUUUUGGUUCAAAAGCUGGAAUCUUGUCCAAAGAUGCCAUCAAAAGUAAAGCUUCCAUGACAGGUGGUUUGGUUGGUCAGUCUGAGCACUUGAUUCUUCCAUCAGUUCCUCCAGUUGUUACAAUGAUUCUAACACUUCUGUCUGUGAUGCCUGCUCUGUGGCAUGUCUGGUUUAGACCGUCAGGCAUCACUGGAUUUCUCCGUUGUCUCGUUCUUUGUGCCUUUGGUUCCUUCUUGUUCGGUUGGCAUGUGCACGAAAAAGCCAUCUUGAUGGUUAUUGUUCCUCUCAGCUUAUUGGCUGUUGUUGAAAGACGAGCUGCACGAGUUUUUCUCUUGCUGAGUACAACAGGCCAUCUGUCACUGUUUCCUCUGCUGUUCCAGUCACAAGAAACUCCCAUAAAAGUCUUUCUCAUGCUGAUGUUCACAAUUUUUUCGUUCUAUUCUCUAUGUCUAGUUCACUGCGGAGAAUCUUCCGAAAACUCGUCCACAUCGGAUCUUUUCAAAUUACCCAUUGUUGAUUGGUAUGAAGCAUGUUACCUGUAUGGUUUAGUCGUCUUGGAACUCUACUGCAGUGCCAUUCAUCCUUUUACUGCCCUUGCCGGAAAGCUGCCCUUUUUACCGCUCAUGCUUACGUCGAUGUAUUGUGCUGUGGGUGUGAUUUGGGCGUGGAUCUUAUUUUACGCGGACACGUUGGCGAGCCCGCUGAUUAAUAGGACAGCGGUGUCAACUGUAAGAGCAACGUCUGCCAAGAAGAAAGAGUGAAAUGCUGCUUUAAUUUAUAGGAAGGUAAAGAGAUUCUGAAGAUAAACUAUAAUAGGCUAGUUUAAGAAGGUAAUUUUGUCACACAAAAUUGUGGGUUUUGAAAACAAUCCAAUUCACAAUAAAAUUUUAAUACAGCGUU